CCGUCACUGAUCCGAAGAGUAGCCAGACAUCGACCUGUCCCAACGAUGGCAAAUGCAGAGGACGGAGCAGCUGCUUUGGCGGUCAAGACGGCUGAAAAACCAAGAUUGAGGACACGAUUCAUCAAGAAAAGCUCGCUGGAGCCCAUCUACACGGGAGGAGCAAGCACCGCGCUGACUUCAGAUGGUCGCUUCCUCUUUGCACCUGUCGAUCAAGUGGUCGUAGGUACAGACGUCUCGACUGGGAGGGCGAUAUGUCGAAUCGGCAGCGAUACUGAAGAAGUGACUGCUUUGGCAAUCACUCCUGACGAUACCACUCUGGUAAUUGCUUCGAGGUCUUUGAGCCUCCGGAUAUUCUCCCUCGAACGCAUCGAUGACAAUGAAGGGAUACGUAUCGUGGCAAAGCUUCGACGCAGCAUCGCAAGGAGCCACGAAGCCCCAGCUGCCAUCAUGCGCAUCGACUCGACUUCUUCGCUUCUGGCUACCGGGGCGGCAGAUGGCUGUGCCAAGGUGUGGGACAUUGCCGGUGGAUUCUGCACCCACGUCUUUCGCAACCACGGCGGCAUCGUCAGCGCCUUGGCAUGGAAUACGCCUCCGGUCGAGCUGGACUCGCAGACGGCACGAGAUGGACAGAGGCGUUUUGAGCUCUUCACUGGUGACAUCGACGGAAAGAUUCGCCUUUGGGACCUUCGAGGAGAAACAAGGGGUGCACAAGGCAAAAGAUCACAGGGUCCAUUAGCGGUCCUCGACGCCCACUUCUCCGUCGUAAGGGGCUUAGCGAUCUCGGACGACGGGACAAAGCUGGUAUCGGCCUCUCGAGAUCGUAUGCUGUCGUUUUGGCAAAGGCGCAAAACCGUUCCAAAGGCGUCUUCGUCGAAAAAGGAUAUCAACGGUACCUCUGCAUCAGUGUCUUGGAAUCUCUGCGACUCAGUGACGGCAGGUGAAUCGCUUGAAAGCGCUGGGUUCCUCCGACGAGGCUCCACUCUUUUAAAAAGAAAGCAGGACCUCGAGAAAGCAGAGCAGGACCUCGUCUGGACAGGAGGUGCUGAAGGAGAGAUUCGGAUCUGGAGCUUUACUUCUCAGGUCGUCGUCGCCGUUCAGCCCGGAGGCCGCUGGGCCACGGACCAGGCUCGAGCGCAACAGCCUCAUGGAAGAAGGCGGAGCGAAGAGCGAGAAAGUUCAGAGGAUCUCGACAAAGGCGACGAAGACGAAACAAGGGCCAUAACGGAAGUGCACUACGCGGCUCAGAUAGAUACUCUGGUCAGCGUGCACGCCGACCAGACUUUCUCCUUUCGCUGCGCUCCGGUGCCUGUUCUGGCGGAGGACUCAGAGCGACGGCCGAGACGGAGAGCUUUGUCGAGAUUGCGCCAGCUCGUGGGUUUCAAUGACCAGAUAAUCGAUCUGGCGCUCCUCUCGCCGGGCGACGUCCAAGACUCGCAUCUGGCGGUGGCAACCAAUAGCACGUCGGUCAGGAUCUACCAUCUGGGAGCGGCAGAGCACGACGUCCAGAUGCUCCCUUCGGACUCGCGUCCUGCAGAUGGACACGCUGGCUUGAUCCUGUGCUUGGACAAGUGCCAAGGUGCAAAAUGGCUCGUCACCGGCUCCAAAGACGCUACAGCAAGAAUCUGGGCCCAAAUCAUACCCACAGCAUCUUGCCUCGACGAGGGCGAAGUUGAGGGAAAGGGGAUUGUCACACCACUGUGGAGAUGCGUGGCCGUUGCGAAAGGUCACACUGAGAGCGUAGGCGCCAUUGCCUUUGCCAGAAGAAACGACCCGCAAGGACACCCGCCUUUCAUGGUGACGGGCAGCCAAGACCGAACGGCAAAGGUCUGGGACCUCUCCACAAUGGCCGAACACAUCAAAUCACUGCAGUCUAACCCUGACGCAGAUCCUCUCUUCCUUUCGUCACUUACCACUCUCAAGAUCCACGACAAGGACAUCAAUGCGCUCGAUGUGGCUCCCAAUAAUGCCCUUCUGCUGUCGGGCUCCCAGGACAGGACGGCAAAACUUUUUUCCAUCAGCUACACGCCCCCCUCCAAGGCGAAUGCCAGUCGAGCUUCAGCCUCGCUCAAGCAGCUGACGACUUGCCGCGCUCACAAACGCGGUGUCUGGUCUGUUGCAUUUAGUCCAACUGAUGCUGCUUUCGUUACGGCAAGCGGCGACCGCACCGUUCGACUGUGGUCGCUGGCCACAUUCGGCUGCGUCAAAACGUUCGAGGGUCAUACCAAUGCCGUGCUUCGAGCUCGAUUCCUACCGCAAUUCCGUGGCAUGCAGCUUCUGACUAGCGCCAGCGAUGGCCUUGUCAAGCUCUGGAGCGUGCGCGACGAAAUUUGUGUCGACACACUAGACGGUCAUGAGGAUCGUGUAUGGGGUCUCGAAUGUCGCCAGAAUGCUUCGGAAAUACUGUCGGCGGGUGCCGAUGGUAUGAUCCGUGUAUGGCAGGAUCGAACAGAGCUCGACGUUGAGGAAGCGGCCCAGCAGCGCCAAGUUGAUGUUGAACGCGAACAGCGUUUUACCAACUUUGUGGCACUUCGCGACUAUCGCAACGCGAUUGCUCUUGCCUUGGCUAUGGAUCAGCCUCGACGUCUUUUCGACCUAUUUUCGUCGGUGGACGCAAGUCGAGGCAGAGAUCAGAAGUUUGGAAAUGAUGAAGAUGGACUCUUUGCCUCUAUUAAAAUCGACGGCGGCCAGCAAGCGGGUAGCAUCACUGGCUCACACGACGUCGACGACGUCAUCCGGACAAUGUCAGCAAAGCAACUCGCCCGCCUGCUUACUUUCGUGCGGGAUUGGAACACCUCGGCGCGGACCGCUGGCACUGCCCAAAUGGUGCUCCACGCUGUGCUGAGACUUCACUCUCCUCAAGCCAUCAUCGAUGCCUUUGAGUGGCGACCAAUUGACAGUGGAGAGCCAGUUAGCAGCGUCGAGGCCGGCGACCGCAAAGCUGUGGAUAGGCGAAGUGCGCGAAGGUCGAGAGCACAGGAUCUGGCAAGCAUCGUUGAUGCACUGAUACCAUACACCGAGCGCCACUACAGCAGAGCAGAGCGCAUCCUCACCGAGAGCUCAAUGCUCGAGUACACGCUGGAGGCUAUGGAUGCCAUCCUAGGUCCUAGCUUUCAGGAUGAACAAGCGCAGACGCCCCUAAAGAAUGGCGUCACAACUCCCGUCCCUUUCGAAGUGGCGGUCAGCACAGACGAGGAGUCAGACGCGGCAAUGAGCGAAGAUCUUGACGAAUGAGGCCAAUGCUUUGGUCAUUAAUGGCAUGUUGUAUUGAAAAUCUCAUCUCAUCAUAAUGGUGAACCAAAGGAAGUCUUUCUACGACGACGAUUGAGUUGCGCGCACAACUGAGUCUCUCGCGCCACGUCCUGCUCCUCCGCCGCGGCCAUU